CACUAGUGAGUCGGAAGGUUCACCUAGAGUUUUUUACUCGUGCUCCAAUAGUUUACCACGUGCGGGGACGCAUGCCACCGCAAUCCGGUCUCAUUUCCACACAAAAGGAAGAGACAGGCUCGAAACUUUGGCUACAAGAAUUUUCGGAUUUCUCGAACCCAUAAUAUCAUUACUUCCCAAGGUUAACUCAUCGUGGAUGUCCAUGAUUGCGACUCCAGUCUUUAUAUUGGUCUCCAUGAUGGUGUUCGCUGAAGCAAUCCCUCUUCGGAGGAUUCAAUCACGUGUCCCCAAGUACGAUGAGCAUCCUUCUAUUCGAACGCUGGUAGUGGUAUUGGGCUUGAUCUAUGUAUUUAUACUCGCUAUAGGGCAAGGGCUUCGAUGCGGCCGACUAGGUAGACGGAUGAAAUCGACCGUGAUAGAAGUCUUGGUACUCGCUCAAUUCCUUUCCAGUAUUAGCUUCAUAAUGUCUGUAGCAAUCCUGGAGUCAGGACUGGGAAUCCAGAAUGAUGACCAGUGCCAUGCGACGAUUCGGGUAUGUAUUGCCAUGUAUUUGGCCGGGAAGAUCACACUAUAUCUCUUUCUCCUCGAGCGGGUGCAUAUCGUCCGGGCGCCGUUUGUGCAUCGAUUACGGGAUCCACUCUGGGUGAUUGGUAUGAUUACCAUCACGGGAGGGCUUGGUGGAAUCACCAUCUACGAGUAUCGAAACCCGUUAGCCGAACUAUCCUACAAGACGGGUCUAUGCAGAAUUGGCAUCGUGCCAGGUGCAGGCGUCGCGAUCAUGACCAUGGACAUUUUGAUCGGGACCGUCUUGACAGGGAUCUUCAUAUGGAUCAUGAAACCAAGUCUCCGGUCGAUGGAUAGCGAGGCCAUCGGAACGGGCAGCCAGCUGGAAGUUGCUGAGGGGAGGAAGAGCGGUGGGGGGAAUCGAUGGUCAGCAUCUCUGGCAUCAGGCCUGUCCCGUGUUCGGGAGAAGAGACAAAGAGCUCGAAACGCGAAGUCUGCACGGGAUCAACUCAAAGCCAUGCUCUGGCGAAACAUCAUCGGAUCGUCUAUAGCGCUGGCGGGCACCUUGGCGAACAACAUUAUCUACUUGACGUGGAAGGACGCGACAAGAAGCUACGCAUGCUUGCUCGGCUGCAUGACUGAUGUGGUGAUUUCGAUGUGGGCCACCAAUUGGAUGACCAUGGGGGACUGUGGGGAGAACAGAGGGAUGUCAGUAUCGGCAGAGAGAGACAGCGGGGGAUCCAACACGACGCAAUUGACAACAGCACAGUCGCGAGCAGAGGAUCGAGGAUUGUUCUCGGGUGAUGACAAGAUAGGCGGGCGAGCAGACGAAACGAGAAUUGACGAUGAAGAUGUGUGCCUGCGGUGCCAAGAGGUCAAGGUGCAACAGCAGAGCAGGAAGCAGGGGAGAUGA